ACUCACGGGUCGGCACCGACGGUGCUUAGUAUUGGAUUGGUAAAGGUAGCACCGCUAGUGUUUGUGGACUGACGCGGAGACAGAAAGCCAUGUUGAUACUGGGCGGCAGCCCAGCUUGCGAGAAGUGGGAGCAAAAGAAUGAGAAAGGCCAUGACCGCCAGACGGAGCCAAGAGUGACGAGGGGAGUGCGGCGGGGACGACGGCGAAGGCGGCUGAGCCAUGCAUAUUUAUGUACGUGCGGACUGUUUACUUGCAUGGGUAGAAGAGGAGGGCAAGUGCGGAGAGCCUGCAGGUUAGCUGCACGAGUGCACAUCCAUCCAUCGAUUCCGGGUCUGAUUUGCGGGGAAACCACCGCCGGCAGAAGCUUGGGCCACACGCCAUCGCUGCAUCAAACCUCCGCCCAAACUUCGCCGCCUUCACUCCCCCACUAGAGUACACACACACACACACCAUGAAUAACGACCAGUUCC